AUGUCUUCCGUCACUUCGUUGCUGUCGGCGACGAGUACAUCGUCGGCAGCCUCAAUGUCUAGUACCGGGGGAAACCGAGCUCCGUCCCAGGGUGGCGUUAUCGAGGGUGCAAACCCCUCCCAUUACAAUCCCAAGGACCCCAUUACUAUGUUUAUCAUUCAAGCCGGUCUUAUCAUCAUUGUAUGCCACCUUCUGCACUGGCCAUUGUCCAAAAUUCGACAGCCUCGGGUCAUUGCGGAAGUUAUUGGCGGUAUUGUCCUUGGUCCGUCUGUCAUGGGCCGCAUACCUGGCUUUCGCGCUGCCAUCUUCCCCCCAGAGUCCAUUCCCAACCUUACUCUAGUUGCCAACCUCGGUCUCGUGCUCUAUCUUUUCCUCAUCGGCCUUGAGACAGACGUACGCUUCCUUCUUAGCAACUGGCGCGUUGCAACUUCGGUUGCAAUUGCCGGUUUGGCUCUUCCUUUUGCACUCGGCUGUGCUCUCGCUUGGGGCCUGUAUAAUCAGUUUUCCGGCGACGAGGGUGUCACGCAUAUCGAUUUCCCUAUCUACAUGCUGUUCAUCGGUGUUGCCAUUGCAAUCACAGCCUUCCCCGUUCUUUGCCGUAUUCUGACGGAGUUAAAGCUUUUGGAUACGUCUGUUGGAGUCAUUGUACUUUCGGCCGGUGUUGCCAACGAUGUUGUGGGCUGGAUCCUCCUUGCUCUCUGCGUCGCUCUUGCCAACGCGGGAACCGGUCUUUCUGCUCUCUGGAUUCUCCUAUCCUGUGUUGGCUACAUGCUAUUCCUUUCUUAUGCCGUCAGACCAGUUUUGGUUUGGUUGCUGCGUCGAACCGGAAGCCUUGAGAAUGGGCCCUCGCAGAGCAUGAUCGCGCUGAUCCUCCUAGUUGCUCUCUCAUCCGCCUUCUUUACCGGCAUCAUUGGUGUUCACGCCAUCUUCGGAGGCUUUAUGGUGGGCCUUAUUCUACCCCGAGAAAAUGGAUUUGCCAUCAAAGUGACAGAGAAGCUGGAGGAUCUAAUUGGUGCUCUCUUUCUGCCCCUAUAUUUCACCCUUUCCGGUCUGAACACCAAUCUUGGACUCCUCGACAGCGGCAUUACCUGGGGAUACGUAAUUGCCGUUACCUUUACCGCCUUCUUUACCAAGAUAAUUGGCGCUAGUGUCGCUGCUCGAUUGAACGGCUUGGUAUGGAGGGAAUCGUUCGCAAUUGGUGCCUUGAUGAGCUGCAAAGGUCUCGUCGAGCUGAUUGUACUUAACAUCGGCCUCCAAGCCCGGAUUCUGAGCACGAGAACAUUCACCAUCUUCGUUGUUAUGGCUCUUCUAACCACCUUUACGACCACCCCGCUGACAUCGUUCCUCUACCCUCGCUGGUAUCAGAAAAAGCUGGAAGCAUGGAAACGCGGCGAAAUCGACUGGGACACAGGUGAAGUCAUUUCGAACCACAGCGACGCAAUCGACCAAACGGCGUUGACCAAGGCGACUACUGGUCGGAUUCAGCGCUUGCUGGUCUAUCUCCGCCUGGAUAACAUGCCGGCUCUUCUCAACCUUGUGUCACUCUUCGGUAAGCAGUCGUCAACCGGAGGCCAGUAUGCUGAAAGCGAAGAGAAGGGCGAGUUGCAAACGGACACAGUUGCUCUCGGUUCUACCAACGGUACUAGAGCUGUACGGGCUCAUGGCUUCCGCUUGCUCCAUCUUACCGACCGUGAUUCUUCAGUCAUGACAGUCUCCCAAGUCGACGACUUCAGCCGAAACGACCCAGUAGUGAAUAUAUUCCGGACCGUGGGACAGUUUCUAAAGGUAGCUGUCUCGGGCGAAGUGUCUAUCAUGCCUGAAACCCGCUUUGCUGAAGCUCUUCUGUCUAAGGCUUCGGAUAUCUCAUCCGAUCUCCUUCUUGUACCCUGGAGCGAGAGUGGUGGCCUGAAUGAUUCACAAGUGCCUUCAGUGGAUGUCACCAACAAGCUCGCAUCAACGUACACAGGUUUUGCCAAGUCCAUACUUGCCUCCACAGAGCACAAUGUUGGCAUAUUUUCCCCCCAGGGUAGUGUACCUCAACCUGCUACGGACAGCGGGAACGACCGGAGCAAACUGAUGCGAGCAUAUUCGUUCAGCGAUAUUCACCAUGAUAUCCCUUCGAUUCCUGUCACGAACAAGUCUCAUCACAUUUUCAUGCCGUACUUUGGCGGUACCGACGACAAGUUUGCUCUUAAGUUAGUGCUCCAGCUUUGCGAGAAGCCCAACGCCACAGCAACAGUGGUGCACUUCGCGCCGACGACAGGGGCCGACUCCCGGACCCAGGAAGCUGACUACUUCGGUUUUGUAUCAACCCACGUACCUGCUGGCGUGGUCUCGCGUGUCAAGUUUGAGACGUCAUUUGCCAACAACGUCAUCGAGGCCGCUUCGGCCUAUGCCGCAUCGGAUAUCCGGGCAGACACGCGCGAAGUCACAUGGCACAAUCUCAUCGUUUUAGGUCGUCGGACCACCUCGAAAUCGGCCGAGGGUAAGACCUCAGGGAGAACCUCAGAGGAGAUCAGAGAAUGCCUAGGGCUGGCUGCGGAUGUAUUCAUAGCCUCCGGCGUCAAGGCGGAUCUAUUGAUAGUCUAA